GGUGAGGUAGCUGCCGCUGGUCCAGGAACCAUACAUUUGAUUUUCUUAUAUUUCUUCUGUCAUGUCAUCAACAAUACGGAACCCAGAAAUCAAACAGAUAUUUCAAAAUUCUUUCUCCAGUUACUGACAGAAGAUCCGGAACUGCAAGCCCCCCUAUUUAGUCUGUUUCUGUCCAUAUAUCUGGUCACUGUGCUAGGAAACUUGCUUAUUGUCUUGGCUGUCAUCUUUGACUGCCACCUCCACACCCCCAUGUAUUUCUUUCUUGCCAAUCUGUCCCUCACUGACAUCUGUUUCAGUACCACCACAAUUCCAAAGAUGCUAGUGAACCUCCAAGCACAGAAUCACAGUAUCACAUAUGCAGGCUGCCUCACCCAGGUGUGCUUUGUCCUAGUUUUUGCUGCUUUGGAAAAUUUUCUCCUUGGAGUGAUGGCCUAUGACCGCUUUGUAGCCAUUUGUCACCCAGUAAAGUACACUGUCAUCAUGAACUCCCACAUCUGUGGCCUGCUGAUUCUACUCUCCUUGUUCAUUAGCAUCACGAACGCCCUGCUCCACAGUCUGAUGUCAUUGCUACUGUCCUUCUGCACAGAGCUAGUAAUUCCUUACUUCUUCUGUGAAGUUCUUCAGGUCAUCAAGGUUGCCUGUUCUGAUGCUCUCAUCAAUAACAUCUUCUCAUACUUUGCAGCUACAGUACUGGGUGGUAUUCCUCUCUCUGGAAUCAUUUUCUCUUAUGCUCAAAUUAUCUCCUCCAUUUUGCGAAUGCCAUCAGCAGUUGGAAAGUAUAAAGCUUUUUCCACUUGUGGGUCUCAUCUCUCAGUAAUUUCUUUGUUCUAUGGGACAGGUUUUGGUUCAUAUAUCAGUGCUGCAUUUACCCCUUCUAGGAAGACUGCAGUAGCUUCAGUGAUGUACACCGUGCUCACUCCCAUAAUGAACCCCUUUAUUUACAGCCUGAGAAAUAGGAAAGUGAAGGGGGCUUUGAGAAAAAUUAUGAGGAGCAUACCUGCUUUUCAGUGAUUAUAUUACCUACAUUUGGCCUGGCUUUCUAGACUGCAUCAAAGUGAAAGAAUAAUUGUGAGACAGGAUGCCUGACU